CAACAAGAGCAGUGUAGCCGGGUCGGGGUUCCGCUGUGGGGCGUGGCUAAAGCUGGGGGCGUGGCGCUGCGACCUUGCGCGUGCACAGUCAGCUCGCAGUGGCCUCAGAUAUGGCAACAGAAAUUUAAACAUGCCUCAUUCAUCUUAAAUUCAGGAUGGCUCAAAACAUGGAACCACUGGCAAGGAAGAUCAUUAAAGGAGUUUUAGCAGCGGAAGUUGUGGGUGUUUUUGGAGCUUAUAUUUUGUUUAAAAAGAUGAACUCGAGCCAAGAUUUCAGGCAAACAAUGAGCAAGACAUUUCCCUUUCUUUUGGAAGUUUAUUAUAAAUCUGUUGAACAGUCUGGAAUACAUGGAAUUAGAGAAAAAGAUCAAGAAAAAUGGUUGGAUAGCAAAAAUUAAGGGUAAGUACAAUCAUAAUCUUAUUAUUUAGUCUGAAGCUCUCAUUUCCGUGGUCUUUUGGAUUUCUGAGGGGCUUUCAUCUUCUUUUUGAAAUUUUUCUUUUUCUUGAUGAUACUUUUCACGUCUCUGUUGUGCAGCCAGUCAUCACGCUCAGCUUCCCACUUCAGCUGUUUGAAACCUUUGAGGGGAGAAAAAAGAUGAGUCUAUGUCACUGCAGGCUCCACUCCCACAGAACCUCCUUCCUGAGUGUAACUGUAACUUCAAGCCACAUGGCCUGUGAUUUCCCACCUACUGUGCAAACCCACUGUUUGUUGCUCUCUCCUGUUAUCUAAGAUGAGGGUUUUAUAAAUGAAAGAAUACAGAAAAUAUUGAAAAUACUGAAAAUAUUUUUCUUUUCUAUCAAGGAAUAAUUAAAAGGUCUUCAAGCACUUAAGAGUCAAAUAAAAUAUACCAACUCUCCAAGAAAAACUGACUCUGUAGCUUGUGUGUGGUUUGAAUGCUGUUUAAAAAACUUGAAUGACAAGUUCAAGGUCACCUGAUAGUGCACACUUGUAAUCCUACUGCUUGGGAGGUGGGGGAUCAAGAGCCUAAGGCCGCCUGGCUAUAUAGCAAGUUUAAGGCAGCCUGGGCUACAUAAGAUCCUACUGUAGAAAAGAAGAAGAAAAUCAGUUUACUUACUUGCAUUAUCUUUGUUAGCCAUGGCAUUCAUGCCAAGAUUAUCAAACUUGGAUCCCAUAUUUUCAUCCAACAGAUGGCCAAACUUAAAAAAAAAAAAAAAAAAAGAAGAGUGUGAAGGUUAUUAGAAAAUUUUUAAAGAAUGUAAACAGCUACUUUCUUAGGUUAGUACAUUAGCCUUACCUCCUCAGCAGACACAAACAAGCUGGAGUCACUGAAACUUUUCUUUUUUUUCUUUGAUCCUUAAAAGAAUCAUGUAUAGGUUAUUCAAAGUAUGUGCUUAUUUUUCAGAUUUGGUCACUGAUCAGUGUUUAUUCUUACAAGAAACAGUAUCACUGAGGAUUAAAAUUCCACAGCUGACAUGGAUAGCAUUUAUACUAUGUGAAGCAAAAUAAAAAUUGUAAUUCAGGUCUUACUCUUUGGGCUUGAAAAACCUGACUAAAUGUAUUUAUUGCACUAUCAAUAAACUUUUGUUUAUGCUACUGAAAAUAAAAUGUCUAUCAAAAACUCA